GCUUGUGGCGUUACAUUUUCAAACUGCGGCGCUCACACAUUCAACGACGACGAAACAAAAGAAGUUCGAGAAAAACUGUUGGAAUGGUUUGAUGAGAACAAACGUGAAAUGCCGUGGAGGCGUGUGAACGAGCUGUGUGUUAAUGACAGAGCAUAUAGAGUGUGGGUGUCGGAGAUGAUGUUGCAGCAGACUCAAGUUGCGACUGUUGUAGCUUACUAUAACAAGUGGAUGAAGAGAUGGCCAACGGUGAAGGACCUUGCGAAUGCAACGUGUGAAGAAGUGAAUGAAAUGUGGGCGGGGUUGGGAUAUUAUUCUCGGGGACGAAGACUUCUUGAAGGAGCUCAAAAGGUGAUGAGGGACUUUAAUGGCAAAAUACCAGACACAUCUCACCAGCUGAGGACUUUACCAGGAGUCGGACAAUACACAGCAGCUGCUAUUGCAUCUAUUGUAUUCAAUGAGCCUUGUGGUGUCGUUGAUGGCAAUGUUGUCAGAGUUUUGAGUCGAAUGCGAAGUAUCGGAAGCGACACGUCACAGCAGAAGACAAUACAACAUUUCUGGAAAGUGGCAGAUAACAUCGUUGAUCAUGAAAAGCCAGGAGACUUUAACCAAUCUUUGAUGGAGCUGGGUGCCAUUGUUUGCACACCAAAGACUCCUUUGUGUUCCACAUGUCCAGUAAAGAGCUGCUGUAGAGCAGUAGAAACAGCAACAACGUGUCCGAAUGACUCAACAGACAUUGAAGCCCUAGAUUUCAAGUCUGACUGUGAGUUAUGCUUGCCUGUAGAAAAAUGGCAGCCAAGUGUUGGAGUGAUGAAUUACCCACAGAAGUCAGCAAAAAUUAAAGUGCAGGAAGAGCAGUUUGCUGUUGCUAUUGUGAGAUGUCGUUUGCACUACAUCUUGACUCAACGUCCCAAUCAAGGUCUGCUGGCCGGUAUGUGGCAAUUUCCUUCUGUGUCAGUCGACAGUAGCUCAUCAGAACGUACAAUGAAAGAAAGCCUGUCUAGCUGUUUAUUAUUACAUCUCAAUGUUGGUGGCAUCUCACCUGCUUCUCUUGACAAAAUUGGACAGAUAAAACACGCAUUUUCCCAUCGUCAUCACGUGUACCACGUCUUCAAGGCAGAGAUAUCAGACAAAUCUUGUCUAGGCGAUGAGAUGCCACAGUUGAUGGAGGCAAAGUGGGUGUCAGCGGAGGAGCUUUUACAAUCAGCAAUAUCAACUGGAGUAAAGAAGAUAUUUCAACUGUUUCAGUCAUCUCUAAAGGCAAAACCCAAUCGUAAGAGACUACGGUCCGUCAAGCUCACUUCAAGUUCAGCAAAGAUUCGACAGACAACACUAGACGAAGUGUGUCGUAAAGCAUAACAUUUAUAGUUAAACUAUUUGGUAUUACUUCAGAUGUUAUCUUGAUAUUAUAACACACGUGUUUUAUAAAAUAUUUAAAAUUUAAUUAACAUAAAGCUUUGGAGU